UUCUUUUAUUUAAGCGUUUAAAAGAUCAUAAAAAAAUGUCGUUAUUAACUACGUAUAAUAUUUUAUUAAAAUUAAGUACGAUUAUUGUUUUGAUUUCAAAUGUUUAUUGCUUUAAAAGUAGCAAAUCAGUAACAAAAAGUAAAAUUGAUAAACCUCGUUUUUGGCCUGUUGAUGAGAAAUGGCAGUAUGUUUGGUGCGAAAAUUUAAAACUUCCUUUAAUAAAAGUAUGUGUCGAAAAAGUUUCCACAUUAUAUCGAAAUGUUCCAAAAAAUCCUGUGGAAAUUCCUGGAGAUGGAAAUUGUUUUUUCAGUGCACUUUCUUAUUGGAUAACGGGGUCAUCUGAUUAUGGUCAAGUAUUACGUGAUAAAAUUGUCGAUUUCAUGACUGUUUCAAAGAAUUUUAAAAUAAUGACUAAGGAAGAUGAACGUUUGUCACGUAUUGAAAAGAUGUACAAUUCGAAAGAGUUUGCUGAAUCACCUGAAGUAGCUACGGCAGCUGAAUAUUUAGAUACAUCAAUAUACGUAUACUCAUCAGACCCUUUACCAGGAUGGCACUUUAUCAGUAAAAACGGUGUUAUCAGCAAAGAUGAAGGUGAAAAAUGUAUAUACUUGAUUAAUCACGAAUACCAUUACGAUGUUGUAAUAGAUGUAGAUCCAUCAUUAGAAGCACACCAACCUGAAGACAUUCAAGACAUCGAACAUAAAAAAAAUUUGCUCCAAAGAAUAAUAAAUUACUCUAGCAAACAUUUUGAUUCUAAAAGCAAUGAAAAGAAAGAAUUUAGUUCUGAAUCUUCUCGUAAAAGCAAUGAAAAGAAAAAAUCUAGUUCUGAAUCUUCUCGUAAAAGCAAUGAAAAGAAAAAAUUUAGUUCUGAAUCUUCUCGUAAAAGCAAUGAAAAGAAAGAAUCUAGUUCUGAAUCUUCUCGUAAAAGUAAAAAAAAUAAAGAAUGUAGCUCUGAAUGUACAUGUAAGACACACGACAUUACAAAUCCUGACUACGAUAUUUCUAAUGUUUAUUCUGAUGAAGUAAACAAGCUUUUUACUGUCAUUGAGGAAUUCUUUAACCCAUUCUAGUAAGUAUUAUAUCUGUUAAUUUGAUUGUAAAUCUAUUAUACUAUACUUUAUCAUCGGGUUUCUACAACCUGAUGAAAUAAAUACUCAAUUUAAAAAAAAAAAAUGAACAGUUAUUUUAAGAA